UUGCCGGUCCUUUGUCUCUGCCUGCCACGUGUGUGCCCGUAGCAAGUCAUCCACCAAGCCGAGCUCAGGCCUGCUCCUCCCGUUGCCGAUACCAAGCCGUCCUUGGUCUCACAUUGCCAUAGACUUUGUCACUGGACUCCCGCCAUCUCGGGGUCAUACUGUCAUUUUAACCAUUGUUGACCGUUUCUCCAAAGCUGCUCACUUUGUCGCCCUCAGAAAACUCCCCACAGCCAAGGAGACCGCAGACUUACUGGUCGAGCACGUGUUUCGCCUACACGGGAUUCCAGCCGACAUAGUCUCAGACCGCGGGCCCCAGUUCACCUCCCACGUCUGGUCAGCCUUCUGCUCCGCUCUUGUGCUCACUCGGCUACCAACCUCCCUUGUUCCCAUCUAUGGAGGCUGAGAUUGCCGUCCCUUCGGUACAAGCACACCUUGCCGAGUGUGCCAAGAUCUGGGAUCAAGCCCGUGCUGCACUCAGUCAGUCGUCUACACGUACCCAAGAACAGGCCAACUGUCGCCGUGCCCCAGCACCUGCCUACAAAGUUGGCCAAAAGGUCUGGCUGUCCUCCAGGGAUCUGCCGCUCAAGACGGAAUCAAGGAAGUUGGCCCCUCGAGUCGUCGGCCCUUACGAGAUCGUCAAGGUGGUCAACCCAUGCGCCGUUCGCCUUAAGCUUCCAGCAGCCCUUCGGGUCCAUCCCACCUUUCACGUGUCCCAGGUGAAACCUGUGGGGGUGAGUCCCUUGUCCCCCCCUAUUCCGCCCCCUCCGCCGCCUCUGUCGAUCGACGGGCAUCCGGCCUUCAGGGUGGAGCGGCUCCUGGAUGUCCGCCGCCGGGGCCGCGGCCUGCAGUACUUGGUGGAUUGGGAGGGCUAUGGCCCGGAGGAGCGUAGUUGGGUCCCGGCGCGCCAGAUCCUCUGUCGUUCCCUUAUCCGGGAUUUCCAUCGGGCCCACCCGGAUUCUUUGCGUCGUGCGCCCGGAGACGCACGUAGAGGGGGGGGUACUGUCAGGCCCAGGGCUGGGCAGGUGUGUGGCUGUGUGUGUCAUCCAAUUACAGGCCCAGCACCUGACGGGUGGAGCGACGGCAGCUGUCAGCAAUCACCAUCACCAGCCUAUAUAAGCCAGCCAGAGCUCCACCACGUCGCUGGAUCGUCUCUUUCAGUAUACUGUUAGUGCCUUCUCGCGUUUUGAAAGUUUUUGAUUGACCUUAUCUGAUCAUCGACCUUUUGCCUU